AUGGCCCCCGAGAUGGAUCAGUUCUACAGAUCCACCAUGGCCAUCUACAAGAGUAUCAUGGAGCAGUUUAACCCCGCCCUGGAGAACCUGGUGUACCUCGGAAACAACUACCUCCGGGCCUUCCAUGCUCUGUCCGAGGCGGCUGAGGUGUACUUCAACGCCAUCCAGAAGAUCGGAGAGCAGGCCUUGCAGAGCUCCACCUCCCAGAUUCUGGGGGAGAUCCUGGUGCAGAUGUCGGACACCCAGCGACACUUGAACUCCGACCUGGAGGUGGUGGUGCAGACAUUCCACGGAGAUCUGCUGCAGCACAUGGAGAAGAACACCAAGCUGGACAUGCAAUUCAUCAAAGACAGCCGCCAGAACUAUGAGAUGGAAUACCGCCACCGAGCCGCCAGCCUGGAGAAGAGCAUGUCUGAGCUGUGGCGCAUGGAGCGCAAGAGGGACAAGAAUGCGCGGGAGAUGAAGGAGAGCGUGAACCGGCUGCACGCACAGAUGCAAGCCUUCGUGUCCGAGAGCCAGCGGGCGGCUGAGCUGGAAGAGAAGCGGCGCUAUCGAUUCCUGGCCGAGAAGCACCUGCUGCUUUCCAACACCUUCCUGCAGUUUUUUGGCCGGGCCCGGGGCAUGCUCCAGAACCGCGUGCUGCUGUGGAAGGAGCAGUCGGAGGCCAGCCGCAGCCCGUCGCGCGCCCACUCCCCCGGGCUGCUGGGCCCCGCGCUGGGGCCGCCCUACCCCUCGGGUCGCAUGACGCCCACCCGCCUGGACAUGCCCCAGAGGCCACUGGCAGAGUUCAGCUCCCCGCGCAGCCGGCAAGGCUCCGGCUCCUACGGCUCCGGCCCCGAGCCCGCCGAGGCGCGGUCCGCGUCCCAGCUGGAGCCAGACCGCCGGGCGCUGCCCCGGACGCCGUCCGCCUCCUCGCUCUACGCCGGCAGCACCCAGCGCUCGCGCUCCAACUCCUUCGGCGAGCGCCCGGGCGGCGGGGGCGGCGGCGGGGGCGCCCGGAGGGUCCGCGCCCUCGUCUCCCACUCCGAGGGCGCCAACCACACGCUGCUGCGCUUCUCGGCCGGAGACGUGGUGGAAGUGCUGGUGCCAGAGGCCCAGAACGGCUGGCUCUACGGCAAGCUGGAGGGCUCAUCCACGAGCGGCUGGUUCCCCGAGGCCUAUGUGAAGCCUUUGGAGGAGGUGCCCGUGAACCCCAUGAACCCCUUGAACCCAGUGACCUCCAUGAACCUGAUGAACCCUAUGAAUGAGCUACCUUCCAGAUCCUACCCGCUCCGGGGCAGCCACAGCCUUGAUGACCUCCUGGACCGGCCAGGCAACUCUACGGCAUCCUCGGAGUACUGGGAUGGCCAGUCUCGCUCCCGAACCCCAAGCCGGGUCCCGAGCGGUGCCCCCAGCCCUGCACCUACGCCCUUGCCCAGCAGCCGCCGGAACAGCAUGGGCAGCAUGGGGGUGGCGAGUGACGUCAAGAAACUUACGUCCUGGGAGCAGCACCCUCCAGAGCUUUUCCCUCCAGGCACAAACCCCUUUGCCACCGUAAAGCUGCGGCCCACAGUCACCAACGACCGCUCAGCGCCCCUCAUCCGCUGAGGCGCCCUCCUCCAUCCGGGGUCUGAGCUCGCCCGCCCCCCCCACCACCCCCGCCCAAGGGGUGCCCGGAGCUGGUGGCGGCAGCAGGAGGAGCAGCAGUGGACCCAAGAAGCCGGGGCCCUGACACUGGGGGUGGCUGCCCCUCCCGCGCCGCGCCCCCAGCCUGAGCAGCUCUCAGGGGGCUGGCCUGGGGGCUGGGACCUUCAAAAUAAAGCAGGCAGAAUGGAGGACGGGACAGUCUCUUCCGCUUUAAGGGCCCCAGGACUCUCUCUGGGGACCUGCCUCGUGCACCGCACCCCCUUUCCCCUCCUCUGCCCCAGCAGGGAGGAGCCCCGCGCCCCCCCUUCCCCACCCCCCAUAUGUCCUUCUCUUUAACUUUUGUAAAUGGGGAGAA